AUGCUCAAGCAUAUAUACCUUCGAAUAAUAAGCACCAAAAAAACGUUGCGGAGUAAACGGCCCAGUGAGUGCGGCGGGAUGUGGAAUGAGGAAAAGGGGGUCAAGCGGGAGAUCGGUCCCGGGGUGGUAACUCCGCUUGGUGGACAGAGGAGGAAGCAAGCGGGGAACCAACUGGAUGGUCACAUAACAAACAGCUCCGGUUACCGCUUCGCUCCGCGUCUGAAUGGCCACGUGGUGGAUGGAGGGGGGGAAGAGCCUUCCUGUGAAGGGUCGCCAGAACGCGCAUCAGUUCAUCGGGGGGGUCUUCCGCAUGUACAGGUUUGCGCCCCCCACGAUGAACUGACGCGCGUUCUGGCGUAUGCGAGCAGCCAGGUGAUCAAGAGCCUGCACCUGCGGCAGCACUACAUUAACAGUAAGGACUACUUCAUGUCCCUCUCCCUGAUAUGCAACCAGCUGGCGGCACACCGAUUUAAGGACCAUUCAUUUUGGAACACCGUGGGAGGGAGGCUAACCGAAUUGUUACGCACUGAGGAUGUCCACAAGACGAUGUGCGUGCGAUGGUUGGCCUUACUCUUGAAUUCAUUCGCCAGAGUAUAUGUACUGAAUGAGCCUUUCCUUAGAGAGGCCUCCAUUUAUCUUAUAAAUAACAAGGAAGAAAAUUUACACACAUUUGACAUUUCGCAGAUAGCUAACUGUUUUGCAAAACUUAAUUACGGGGAUGCUAAGCUGUUCAAAUAUAUGGAGGAGCAGAUCUGCGAAAGGAUAGACGAACUGAGUUGCCAGUCGGUUAGCAACAUAUGCAAUGCAUACAGUAAGUUAAGUCUUGGGAGCGAAACUUUAUUUUGUCGUUUGAUCAAAGCAGUCAAAAAAAAUAUGGACAAUUUUAACGAACAAGAAAUAGCUAACAUAUUAAAUGCGUAUUCAAAAUUGGGCGAAAAAAAAUACACACAUUUGUUUGUCAAUUUUUUACCUCAUGUGUGUGCAAAAUUUGAUCACUUCAAGCCAGUUGAAAUGGUGAUGAUUGCUAAUGCAUACUCCAAGUGUAACUUAUUCAAUAAGACAUUUUUUUCCCUCCUGUGUAACUACAUUGAAAGGAAUGCUGACCUGUUUGAACCAUCCGAGUGGGCCAUACUUGCCAAUGUAUACGCAAACUUCAACCUCAGCGAUUUAAAAAUUUUUUACCUUAUCAAAAAGAAGGUCAGCGAUAGGGAACAUUUGCUGCAACAUAGAAAUGUAGCCAUGCUGCUACAUGCUUUUGGAAAAUUACAUAUACGAGAUGAAGCGUUUGUUAUCAAUUUAAUUAAAAGAAAAAAACACAUAAUAGACUCUCUAGACAGCCGGAACUUGACACUGUUUUAUGUUUCGCUGAUUAAAUUGAAUUUGCGAAUUCCGACGGACAUUUGGGCCAACUUAAAGCAAAACAUUUCGAGCAAGUUACACACCUUUACCGAUUUGGCCCUGGUGUCUAUAUGCUACUCGUCCAUGUUCCUGUCCUACUUUGACAUGAAGUUGGUCAGCUCGAUUCUGCUUCUUCUAAAUGAGAGGAGGGCAAAUAGCAAAUCGUUUGCACACCAAAUGCAUGUCACUCUGUUUGUGCUACACUCCGUCUACAACUUUGGGAAGUUUUCUCCAAAAUUUCUUCUCUGCUUGUAUGAGCUCUUGAGCAGGGCCUACCAGCAUAUCGCGCAGCCCAACUAUUACGACAUUAACAAGUCGGCUAUUCAGAAGAGGAUUUCUCCUUUUUUUCCCAAAAAUUGCCUCAACGUUCAGGCGGAAGUGCCUAUUGGCCCCUUCGUCGUGGAUUUUCUCCUGACCAGGAAGCGGCCCGCGUAG